AUGGCUUCGUCGGCGAAAAGGCGAGCAGUUGGAGUGCGACAGGAGCCCGAAGAGAGUGGAAGCGACUCCUCGGAAGGGAGCUUCGAUGAGAGCGGCGACUCGGGGGAGGAAGACAGCAAUAACUCCAAUGAAGAGAUCAACGAGGAGGUUAUAGUGGAUUUUGAAGCCCAUACCAUCUCAGAUAAUGAUUUCAACGGGAUAAGAAAACUGCUCCAACAGUUGUUCUUAAAGGCUAAUGUAGAUGUGUCGGAGCUGACUGACAUCAUCAUACAGCAGAACCACAUUGGUAGUGUCAUCAGGCAAGGGGAGGUAGAGGACAGUGAUGAUGAAGAUGAUGAUGAUGAAGUGUUUGGAUUCAUCAGCAUGCUGAACCUUACAGAGAGAAAGGGCGUCCCCUGUGUGGAGCAGGUCAAGGAGCUGCUGCUGGCCCAGUGUGAGAAGGUCUGUCCCCACAGCGUGGUGGAGGAGCUGGAGAAGACGCUGAAGGACGCAGGCAAGCCGGUGGGGCUGCUCCUCAGCGAGCGUUUCAUCAACGUGCCGCCCCAGAUCGCCCUGCCCCUGCACAAGCAGCUCCAAGACGAAAUAGCAGAGGCCCAGAAGACCAACAAGCCUAGCAGCAGGUGCCGUUACUGCCUGAUGAUCAGCAAGACAUACAUGGCGGAGAAGAAGACUGGGCAGAAAGAGGAGCUGAUGUUCUGUAACGCAGAGGAGGAGUUUUUCUAUGAGCAAGCGACCACAAAGUUCAACUACUCAGUCCAGGAGGAGGCCGAUUCCUGCCUGGGCGGACGAUGGUCCUUCGACGACAUCCCUAUGAAGCCUUUCCGCACGGUGAUGCUGAUUCCUUCUGACCGGAUGGGUGUCGUCAUGGACAAGCUUAGGGAGUACCUGACUGUGUGAGCAUGUCCAACACCAAAAAAAAAUAAAAUAAACGUCAUUUAUUUGCUCUUA